UUAUAAUGAUUCAGUUUAGAAAAUACCAAAAAGCAGAGCGCCCCACAAGCUACCCUUCGUUAAGGUCAGCAUCAUCAACCUCUAUUAUCUCAAACCUUGUUCAAAUUUAACAUGCCACACCAUUCAGCUAACCAAAACCAUAAAAAAGGCCAUUCAAUGUAGAAAACUUGGAAUCUAUAGUAGUUGGGUUAUGAAGAUUUCUCUUCCUCGUCAUUGAAGUUUUCAGCCAAGACAAAACCUCAAGAAAACCAUUUCCCCAUACCAAAGGGAAGGAAACCCACCUGAGAUUUUCAUCACCCUUUGAUUCUGCCUCUGGUUUUCCUUUGAAGAUGGUCCAAAGAAAGGUACCCAAAAAGCUUUGUAUCCAAACUGAUCUUCAUGUUAAAUCCGAAAAGCGGUUGGGGAACCUCAGGCCAUCUUCUCCUAAAUACCAAGAUGGCAAAAACAAAGGAAGUGAUCUAAAGAAGAAGAUGAAGAAAUCAAGAUCAAUCAAGCAUACAGAUUUUGAGAGCUUAAAAUCACAUACUUCCAUAAGGGAAGUAUCACAACCUGGAAAGCCACCGCCGCCUCUUGCUGUGUCAACACCACAGAAGCAAUCACCUAUCAAAGGAUCAGAAGCAUCACCGAAUUACAUGAAGUCCACAAGCAGUUUUGAAGCAAGAAAGGAGCGGUCUCAAGUAAGUUCCAAUAGCUCUCAAUCUUCUAUGGAAAGUAAGAAUCCCAAAAAGAUCCCAAACAACUCAAGACUUGUUAGCUCAGUUUCCGGUCAUAAGCUGGGAAAACCACCAGCCAGGACAUCUAGUUUGGAACUGGUGAGGACUUUAACGAAGUCCCCCAGUUUUAAACCAGUAAGGGUUUCAACAAAGAAGCGCUCACAAGUUGUUCUCUGUGAAAAUCUAGAAGUACAGAGAGCAACAUGCUCUUCAACUUUAAAAGAUUCCAAGUUUCCAACUUACCUCACCCUGAGUCCUGGGGCAACUGAAUCAGAAGGAACCUCGGCCAUGAAAGUAUGUCCGUAUACUUACUGUUCACUUAACGGUCAUCGACACGCUCCUUCGCCGCCGCUUAAGUGCUUCUUAAAGGCAAGGAGGCGUUUGUUGAAGGCCCAGAAGAGUAUGAAACUUGGAUGUCUAUCGCCACGCCAAGUCAAGUCAUCUGGUGGUGGAGUGAAAGAGAUUUCUGAGCAGAUUGUUGCCGAUGUACCUGCAAUUCAAGGAACAGAUUCAAAUGGGCCAGAAAUCACUCAGAUGGUGCCAGAGGAUCUAGUGGAUUUCUUUAUUCAAAUCUAUACUGGAAAUAUGAAAGAUGCUGCUGGAAAAAUUGGUGGAAGAGAAGAAAAUGGAGAUGACAUGGAGGAAGUUGAUUUUGAUGAAGAUGUUGGAGGGAAAGUUGUUGAGAGGUGUUCAAAUGAGGAAUGGUGCUAUGAGAUGAAUUCUGAAGACAGUCUUUGUAACAGUGGUGAAGUAGUUUUACCAGAACUAGAAGCAGCAGAGGAAGUAUAUUUAGCUUCCCCCACUCAAGAAGAGGAAGCACCCGAAAGUAUGAGCUAUGGAACAGAUUCUGACAUGGAGUGGGAGGAGGGCCAACAAUCUUUCACCCCGUCUCCGGAUGAUGAAAUGGGCAAUUCAUCUCAAACAAACCAUGAAUAUGAUUUGGAAACAGGUUCUUUAUCUGGUGAUGAUAUUGCCAGUUUCUGCAAAGAAUCUGUUUUCAAGUCUGACAGCAUUGUUAGCCGGUACUUUGAUGAAAUUCCUGCCGGUGAAGGGCUGAAGGAGUUCUUUGAGGGAGAAAGUUCUGAUUCUGACGGUUCAAAUGACAAUCUGGGUAGCGAAGAAUCCUUAGAAGGGUUCAAUAAUCAGAACUACCAACUUUCUCUUACAAAUGGUGUGGAAGGGGACUCAACCACAGAAGGAAGAGAGCCAAUUGAGGAAGCAAGGGAAGCUAGAGAAGAGGAGACGCACCAGGAUUAUAGUUCAAGUGACCACAUUGAAAAUUACCGUAGAGAAGAGAUGGUUGUUGAGAGCCUUCUCCCCAAGACCGAGGAUCCAGAAACAAAGCAAAGCCUAAAACAAGAACUCCUCGCUGCUGAUGCUGGAGAUGCAAAUGAGGAGGAAGACCAAGAGAAUGCUGCCAAAUCACAGAUUGGAUUUCUAUCUUUCGACUUGUUGCAGGAUUUUUUCGGAGCUGACAAGGAUAUGACUAAGGAAGACACUAACGAGAUCCAGUUUGGUGCAGCAGCCAAAGAAGGUGAAGUAAAUCAGAUUUUCAUAAGUGAAGCUCUUCAGAACAAUAACGAUGAUGAAUGCCAGAACAAAUCAGAGAAAGAUCACCAUGAAGCCGGGAGCCUCAAAAUCUCACAUUCCAUGAAUUCUGAAGAUCAGACUCAUUCAGGGCUUAAUAAAGUCACCUUUGCAGAAAACAUCACCGAAGAAGUUGACGAAAUGGAAGUGGAGUACUCAACCAUAUCAGAUCCAGAAGAAACCCUCCCAUCAUCAAGAAAUGCAGCCACCAUAAGAGCAAAACCUGCAUUCAUCCGUGGCGGAAGGUAUCCAAGUGAAGAAAUGCUCAAGGCCCCGAACAAUCUCAAGAUAAUCAGAUGCAAGAGACCUGAUGAGGAGUUGGUGGAACCAAGGGAGUUCAACCCACGGGACCCAAAUUACUUGACCGUUGAGCCAGACCCAGAAGCAGAAAAGGUUGAUCUCAGGCAUCAAAUGAUGGACGAAAGGAAAAACUCAGAAGAAUGGAUGCUUGAUUAUGCACUUCAACAGACCGUUUUCAAACUUGCUCCAGCACGGAAGAGGAAAGUGGCACUGCUUGUGGAAGCUUUUGAGAAAGUCAUACCAAUACCCAAAUAUGAAGCUCAUCUGGGGGAAAAAUCACCAGUGUUUGCUCAUGCAAGACCCAUUCAAGCUUGUAGCUGAUGCCCACUGUUCAGGUGUGAUCAAGAGAAGACACUUGUUCUUCCGCGGUCGAUGCUUUAGGAGGGAAAUUCUCCUUGUACAACUAACUUGUUCUUCAUCUUUCUUCACAAAUCCUGGAGGAAAAAGGAUACCUGAAGAGGUGGUGGAAAUAGUGUUCACUUACAUGCGGGGUUCUGGUUUCGCAUAUGCUCUACUGUUGAAGUGUCGAGAACUUUCAUUUUAAUGUUUAUGUACUACAAAUUACGUUGUGCCGUUUAGAUUCUCCAUGAGACUAUCUAUCCUUCCUUUCUUGUUGUCAAGGGUAGUAAAACAUCUAGAUGUGUGUAACUUAUUAUGGUUAAUGUUGGUUAAGUAUUGUGACUUUUUCUGUAUUA